GUUUGAUACAUUCACACACAAUACGUUAAAUGGAAAAAAAAAAAAACUCCCGUGGCAAUUAACCAUAUGUAAUCAGGCCCUUUUAUUUAAUUCUCAAAGAACUUAUAUUUUUAAUUUUCAUUUUUGCGAAACUACGAGAUGGUAUAAAAGUUUGAAUUCGCCUUGAUUAGCCGGUUAGCUAACACGCUGGCAGUAUUGCUGCUAGUUGGACAGGUCCUCUUCAAAUGUAAAAUUACAGAUAAAUACCACUUAUUUCCCCCGAGGAGAAAAGAUUUCUGAUGUAUUCGCGUUAUUUAAAAAGGACACAUUUUAUUUUUGGACUUGGCAGACAGGCGAACGUAAAGGUUCACGUUUAGCAUGCCCUCUGUCACUUUCUAUCAAGAGUAUCAAGAGUUACCCCUGCAAUAGUUCCUGCUCCUCAGGACACGAGUCUUAACAGGUUUAAUUCACAAUGUCUGCUUCACCAAGGCUGUUUCACCUGGUGAAAUACAGGAGUCUGUGGACCCAUGUGCGAAGAAAAGUCACCACCUGGUCUCCUGUUGGAGCUGCUUUUAAUGCCAAACCUCCCAGGAGGCUGGACCUGUUUGAGAAAAACGUGGGUUUGUUUGGAGUGCCAGAGCUCAGCUGUCCUGAAGGCUUCCAGACAGCCACACAGACAGCCCUGAAAAAUACUGAGCUCCUACUGCAUAGAGCCUGCUCCUGCUCCCCAGGUGUGGAGACAGUGGAGUGUUUCGACCAGCUCUCAGAUGGAUUGUGCAAAGUGGCUGAUUUGGCAGACUUUAUAAAAGUGGCCCAUCCAGACCCGGCACACCGCGACGCUGCAGAAAAGACCUGCAUAGAGAUCGGUACAGUUGUGGAAAAGCUGAACACUAAUGUUGAAUUAUGCAAGAGCCUGAAGAAUUUACUGGUCAACCCAAACGUUGCGGCAGAGCUGGACCCUGACACAAAGCGAGUGGCGGAGUUAUUCAUGUUUGACUUUGAAAUCAGUGGAAUCCAUCUGGAUGAUAAACUGAGGAAACAGGCUGUCGCUCUUCACGUUAAGCUCCUGGAUCUAAACAACGAGUUUCUGAUCAGCUCCCAUGUGCCCAACAGAAUCGCAAAGUCUGCGAUUCCUGAACAUCUGCAGGUCCACUUCGCAAGUGAGGGAAGCUUAAUUCAAAUUGGAGGAUUACAUGCAGAUUCCCCCAAUGACUUGCUGCGAGAGGUCGCGUACAGGAUCUACCUGUAUCCCAAUGCUGACCUUAUGGAGUGUCUGGAAGAGCUGCUGAAGUGCAGGUAUAAACUGGCCAAACUGGUCGGCUAUGACUCCUACGGACACAGAGCGCUAAAGGGAACCAUGGCCAAAAAUCCAGAGACCGUGAUGAGCUUUCUCCAGUUGUUAACAGAAAAACUGUCACAGAGAACAGCAAAAGAUUUUCAGAUGAUGAGAGACAUGAAGAAGAAGCUCAACCCUCGUAAUGCUGAGUUAAUGCCCUGGGAUCAUCCAUUCCUCAGUGGUGUCCUGCGUGCUGAAAGGUACAACAUUGAGCCGAGCUUAUACAGUCCUUACCUGUCCCUUGGUGCUUGUAUGGAGGGUUUGAACAACCUCUUCUCCCAGCUGUAUGGUGUCUCCCUCAUGUCUGAACAUCCCGGCGCUGGAGAAAUAUGGAGCGAUGACGUCCGCAAACUGGCUGUGGUGCAUGAAACUGAAGGGUUAUUGGGAUAUAUCUACUGUGACUUUUUCCACCGACGAGACAAACCUCAUCAGGACUGUCACUUCACCAUCCGGGGUGGACGCUGGUGCCAAGAAACGGACCAGUACCAGCUGCCAGUUGUCGUGCUGAUGCUGAGCCUCCCCCACCCCACCAAGAGCGCCCCCACUCUGCUCACUCCAGGCAUGAUGGAGAACCUCUUCCACGAGAUGGGCCACGCCAUGCACUCCAUGCUAGGAAGGACUCGCUACCAACACGUGACAGGAACCAGGUGUGCGACUGACUUUGCCGAAGUCCCCUCCAUCCUCAUGGAGUACUUCGCCACAGACUAUCGAGUAAUAAGCCAGUUUGCCCGUCAUUAUGAAACUGGACAGCCGUUGCCUGAGAGCAUGGUGGCUCGCUUGUGUGAGUCCAAGAAGGUGUGUGGAGCAGCAGACACCCAGCUGCAGAUUUUCUAUGCAGUCUUGGACCAGAUCUACCAUGGCAAACCACAGGACCGCUCCACAACAGAAAUCCUGAAGGAGAUGCAGGAGAAGUUCUAUGGCUUGCCUUAUAUACCCAACACGGCAUGGCAGCUGAGAUUCAGCCACCUGAUUGGCUAUGGUGCUAAGUACUACUCAUACCUCAUGUCGCGGGCCGUGGCGUCCAUGGUGUGGAACCAGUGCUUCGUUCAGGAUCCAUUAAACAGGGACAUGGGUGAACGUUACCGACGGGAGAUGCUGGCCCACGGAGGAGCAAAAGAGCCCAUGUUAAUGGUAGAAGGCAUGCUGCAGAGACGGCCCGGCAUCGAGGACUUUGUGGACGCGUUGGUGUCUGAGCUCAACCCAAACUUUGAGACCUUUCUCAUGGACUCUGAAAACUGAUGAAAACAACCUUCCAGAGGCAGAGCAAGGACACGGAUGGUUUCUGGCCACAUGUUCGGUUCACCUGUAAAUUAAUUGUCAACAUGUUUUCUAUAGGAACACUUGGAGUCAUAUUGACUUAUUUAAUGUACCAGUCCCAGUCCCCUGUUGACAUAAUAUGAAUUAAAGAGUUGUUGAGCACUUUAAA